AUGUCGUACCUGCAAGCUGCAGCUGCACUGACUCAAACUGUGGGUUGGCCCCUUAAAGGCCACCCAACCAAUCAGAGAGCAGGGAUCCAGCUGGGAGCUUCUCUAUUGGGUGAAACUCCUGUCGAUCACAGCACGCCAGCCGGGAGAAGCGGCGAUUUUCCUCCGCACUCAGCCUCUACUCACACUGCUACAGUAACUAACAUGGCACCAAUCAUGGAGGGCACACACACCAUCUUGCUUCUGUAUGAACCCAUCCAUGAGCUAAGCAACAUCAGCCUCUACUUUCCCAAGAGGCGGCCCCCCAUCUUCAAGUACAAGAGCCGCACCUCUCAUUCAGCAAGCGCCGGUAAUGACCUUAACUUGGGGAAGCAGAAUCUGGCUGUGUCCAAACAAAGAGGCCAGUCUCUUGACUCUUCAGGCAAACUCUUCAACUCUCAGCAGGCAACAAAAGAAGCAGUCGCAGAGCUCUGCUUGCUUGCAGCAGAGCACCACCAGUUGCUGGCAGGUCUGUUAUCGCUGUGUCGGGAUUGCGCUAACAAAGUCAGGAUGGGUAACCAGGAUGGGAAAUUCCAGGAGUGUGAGGAAGGUCAGGAAGUUUACCUUGGAGGUCGGGUUGUCUGUGACAGCAACUGCUCCAUCUCUGGGCAUAAGACGGGUGAAGCCAAGAGCAAAAAAAAGGUGAAAAGGCUGGGAGGCAAAAAGCUUGAAAGCUCUGAGGAUUUAAUACACACUAAGAUGAAAAAGAAAGCUACAAAAGGACAAUCACAUGUGGAGCUUCCAACAGAAAACAAAGUAUCUACAUCUGCACCUUUACAAGCAGAGCAAGUCCCAAAGAAAAAAGGCUAUGUGUCUGACAGCACCCCGAGUAGUUCUAAUGUCAGAAAUGUCAGUAAACCCAUCCCAACAAUAGAGGAACCUUUUCAGACAAUUCAAGGAAACUGGGACUUCAUAGAGGACAACAAGACCUUUGACCACGUCAUGGAUUUCUGUAAUGACUUCUCAGAGUGUGACGGUGAGCUUGGCUUUGCAUCAUCCUCUUGCAGUCUGAUAGAGGGCCUGAAUAGACAACAGAGUGGGGGGCAACCAACAUUAGCUGGGAAUGGAUCAACAGUCCACAAAUCAGCUCAACAUCAGCUGUAUAGUGGCAUCAACCAAAGAAACGUGGGCGUCAGGGUAGUUGCAAAAUUGCAAGAUGUGGAAGGUAAAGUUUUCCAUGUCAGCCAUGCAAAUCCAAACAAAGCAUUGCGGCAUCCAGGGACUAGCAAGAGUAAACAGAAGACUGGAGAGUGGGGAAUGCAAAACGGAGACUACUGGUUCGUAAGUAAGGACAAUGGUAACAAACGUUCUGAGGGGCUACGACUGCCCCUUUCCAACACUACAGAGCCCUCAGCUCCAGUCAGAUCUCACUCAAAGAGCCCCUGUUCAUCUUCUCUUGCUGGAGUCUUCAACACAUCUUUCCCAGCCUCAAACAGCCUCCAAAGCAUGUCGCCUGUUCUGUCCCCUUUGUCUACCAAGCAACUGAGUCCACAGCUCAACCACCGCAUUGUGCUGCUCUCAGAUAAGGACGAAGAGCCCGAUCAAGACAGCUCCAGCAACACAGAUGUACCCAAAAGCUUUAAUGAGGUCAUGGAUAGAAACGGUAACAAGCGGACUGUCACACGCCUGGACCUGGAACUCAACAAGCAGCCUAACAACUUCAAGCGGAUCUCCUCUAGCAACUCCACAACAACAGAAGAUUCCCUCCAACGUCAGGAUGAUAUUUGGAUGCUGGAUGGUGUUGACCCUCAGGAGGUCCUUUCCCGCACUCCUCGCCCCAACCAUCUUGAAUUCCUUCGCAUCACACCGCCCGAGGAUGACAUCAUGGGGGACACGCCCUACUACCCUAAGCUACAGUGCACGACAGAGGUCUCUCCAACAGACAGCGAGGAUCGGACUCCGGGCCGUCUGCAUGCCGUGUGGCCUCCGCCUAAACCUAAAGAUGAGGAGGAGAAGGUGGGGCUUAAGUACACAGAAGCAGAGCACCAGGCUGCCCUCUUGCAGCUGAAAAGAGAGUGCAAGGAGGAGCUGGAGAGGAUGCAUUCUGACUUUGAGCUGAAAAUCUUCCAUCUUCGAGGUGAACAUGCUGUCUCAAUAUCAAAGCUGGAGGGAGCCAUUGGAAAGCUGCAGAAGGACAGGCUGCACAGUGCAGGUCAGGCUCAUAGUCCUGUGUGCGAUGUGGCUAUCUCCACCUCAGAAAAUUUGACCCCCAAGAACUGUCGCACUGUGGGGAUCCAGACUGACAGGGAGACGUUCAUUAGGAGCCCAGAGGGGGAUGGAGAGGAACUUGUUCAAAGCCCUAACCAGAACCUACGUAAAAAACUUAACUUGGAUUCUAUCGGACUAAAUCUCAAUGCCGAAACAGCCCCUGGACCUUCUGGACCACUGCCACCUCCUCCCCCUCCCCCUCCUCCACCUCCCCCACCAAACCUUUCAGGACCACCACCACCCCCUCCUCCUCCUCCUCCAGGGUUCUCAUUACCACCACCACCCCCUCCUCCCCCCUUGCCAGGCCAAACUGGAGGGCCACCACCACCACCACCUCCUCCUCCAGGAGGGGGUCCACCACCCCCUCCGCCUCCUCCUCCUCCUGGCUUACCUGGAGGCGGUCCACCUCCUCCUCCACCUCCUCUGGGCUGCGGGCCCCCACCUCCUCCCCCAAUGGGAGGGUUCAGCCUACAAGUUGAGGCUGCUCCAAGGAAACCUGCCAUUGAGCCUGCCUGUCCCAUGAAGCCACUGUAUUGGACCAGGAUACAGAUACAGGAAAACAACAACAAGACACUCUGGGGUUCUCUGAAAGAGCCCGACAUCGUCAACACCAACGAGUUUGAGGAUUUUUUCUCCAAAGCCAUGAUCAAGCAGAAGAAGAAGCCCUUGUCUGACACCUAUGAAAAGAAAACCAAAGCUAAGAAGAUCAUUAAGCUGCUGGAUGGGAAGCGUUCUCAAGCAGUUGGCAUCCUCAUAUCGAGCCUGCAUCUGGAAAUGAAGGACAUUCAACAGGCUGUUGUUAAUGUGGACAACUCUGUGGUGGAUUUGGAGACCAUUGAGGCUUUAUAUGAAAACAGGGCCACCAGUGAUGAGAUUGACAAAAUCUUGAAACAUUAUGAGACUUCGAAAGAAGAUGAAAUGAAACUUCUGGACAAACCUGAACAGUUUCUUUAUGAGCUCUCCCAGAUUCCUGACUUUGAAGGCAGAGCUCAUUCCAUGAUCUUCCAAUCAGUAUUCCUUGAUACUGUCUCCUCCUUACAUCGCAAGGUGAAAAUUAUCUCCAACGUCUGCAAAGACCUCCUUGGUUGUAAUAGCCUGCGGGAUGUGAUGGGUCUCGUUCUGGCCUUUGGGAACUAUAUGAAUGGAGGGAAUAGGACAAGAGGUCAGGCCGAUGGCUUUGGACUGGAGAUCCUCCCAAAGCUAAAAGAUGUCAAGAGCAGGGACAAUCACAUCAAUCUCGUGGAUUAUGUGGUUUUAUACUACUUGCGAAAUUUUGACAAACAUGCCGGUACAGAUAAGAGUGUUUUUCCUUUGCCUGACCCUCAAGAAUUCUUCCAGGCAGCACAGGUCAAGUUUGAUGACCUUGCCAAAGACAUGAGGAAACUAAAGCGGGAUUUAACUGCUUGUGAGAAGAAUGUGGAGAAAGUUUGCACUAACUCAUCAGAGGAACACCUGCAGCCCUUUAAGCAGAAAAUGGAGGCAUUCCUGUCAGCUGCUCAAAAGGAGCAUUCUGCUGAAGAGGACCAGCUCAACGCAGCCCAGAAAAGGUUCCAGGAUGUGGUGAACUAUUUCGGUAUACAGCCAAAGCCUGGUGAAAAAGAAGUCACUCCGAAUUACAUCUUUAUGCUCUGGUACGAGUUCUGCAACGACUUCAAGAACUCCUGGAUACGUCAAAGUAAAACCAUCUCCAAGGAGAGAUUGAAGGAAGCUCAAGAAAACAUCAAGAAGAUCACGGCAGAAAAAAGAGUGGAAACCAAAAAGAUUAAUGCCAACAGUCUGAAAGAGAGGUUACGGCAGAAGGAAGCCAACGUGUCGUCCAGCUGAGGGAAAUUAUGAGUGGCAAGGCAGAAGAAGAAAGAUUGCAGCGAGGAAGCGUGCAAGCCCCAUCCAUUUUACAUUUACCACCUGCCUCACAAUAACACAAUAAAACCUGAGCAGAUUUACUGUUGUAUCUUUGCUCCACUAACAGCAGCCUCGGCCCCAUCCUCCACACCCCUCCCCACCUCUAUGUUGAGCUUUUUUGUGCUCAUCUGCAGCAGCCAACACGGCUGAAGUGAUGGGACUCUUGAAGGCCAAAGGUUGACCUCAUUCAUCCGGCAUGCCAUGACCUCUGAUUGCCCAACUAAGGAUAGGUCUCCAGGGUUCACUGGGAUUCUCAGCAAGCUCCACAAGUUCCUCCUGGAUCUCCAGAAGCUGUGGAUUGUCACUUUUCUAAAUUUUAUCAGACAGCUUACAUGAGAAACUGAAAAAGCUCUGACAGAUUCACAGUUUUUAAGCCCUUGGUGGUGUUGUAGGAACACACUCUGCUUCCUGUCUCUGUCUUCUUAGAGGUAAAUCCGUGUUGACAAAACAGAUCUUUCUUUCUCAGAGCAGGAAAUUAGCAGCUUCUUUUGCAGUAGGUAACGUGUUUGAUUCACCCCGCCUCAUUAAGAAACCUCUUGCCAAUGCAUCAUGUCGUAGGAACCGUGCGUCUUUGGAGCAAUAUGAUGAAUGAUCUACACUUUCAAGUGCAGACAUGGAUUCCUCGAGUAUGGAUUACCGUGUACAAGUUGUGCAUGAGCACACGGACGAUUCGCUUUGUUGUGUGUUAGACUGCACCUGACUGUGCUCCGAUGGGUGGCAGCCAGAGGCGGGUGGCAGCUGGCAGCGAGUCUCGGCCCCCUAACACACACAAACUCAUAAAAACACCAGAAGAACUCAACAUCUCCUAGCUGUAUGCUUACUUGUGAAUAAAAGAAAGAACUCUACAUCACUGUGCUGUGCACCGUUUUAAGCACUUUCCCGCUUGCAGUAGCUGUAUGCCGUAGCACUACACUCCCUGUUAUGAUGCCUGCGUGCAUUUUGUUCAGCCUGCUUGCACUCCUUUCUUUUGCACCUCUCUUUAUGCAAAAACGUUAUCUUUAAGAAAUCUAAUUUUAAUGUCAUAAUAAAGCCAUGUUAGAAUAUACGUUCUAUUUUAAAAGUAGAGUAUUAACAUGAGUUGUAUGUACAAAUGUGUGAUGUAACUUUUUGUCAUUGAAGAAAAGUCUAUUUAUGUAAAGAAAAAUGUAUUUCAUGCCAAAAAAAAAAAGAAAAAUACAGCAGCUUUAUUGCUUUUUGAGCUUGCCUUCUCAUUGUAAGUUUGUUGACUAAGAAACUUCUUGAUAAAUUAGAAGAAAAAUAUAUUUUCACAUGGAUGCUACUUGUAUGUUGUGCCAUAUCUGAAGCGGGAAGUAAUCAGAGCUGCCUUUUAUGCUUAGAUUUGUGCUGCUAGGGUUGUGUUUUGGGUAACCAAGACGGAACAUGACCUCAGAUGAACUUCCAUUAAUAGGAUUCUCCAAUUCCCUCUGUACCCUCUGUACUUUGUUUUACAGGUGUCAUUUAUUUUUGUAUGGGAAAUCUAAAGCCUUUAACAGUUUAAUGUUCUUUCAGGUGGCUAGGAAAACAAAAAUGAGCUGAUGUAACUUGUACAUCGACUUAUCAUCAGCAGUUUCACAUGUAGGUGCAUUAUUUUUAUGGAAUUGUUUUAAAUUUCAAGAAUAUACUCCUAAAUACCAAGAGAAGCCAUCUGGGUGAAGAUGUGCACUCUGAAAGCUGUUGAAACUAUUUGAUUUUUUUCUUCUGUCAACUGUUCCAUUAUAAAGGCCUGUACCAUGUAAAUCUGAUACUUUGAACUGGCAAAAGGGUUUGAUCAUUCUUAAAACUGCUGGACAGUAAAAUCAUUUGUGAGAGUCAGAAUAAAGUCUGGCAGUAGAGCA